CGCAGAGUUGCGGCUCCCAGGAGGGGAACCCGGCGUGCUGGGAACGGAGGGCCGCCCCGGCUGCGAGACGCGAAAGAUGGCGGGAGAUGGCGGCGCUCCACUUCCCGGCGUCACGCCGGCGCAGUGAGCUCGCGGGGCGGUCCCGAAGGCGACGGGUUGUGGUUCCGGUUCCGUCGCGGAGACACGUGAAGGUCGGUGAGUUGGUGCGGAGUUGGUCUCCGCACGCGUGGUCGCGCUGGGAUGGAUUCCUCUUCUUCUUCUUCCGCCGCGGGUUUGGGCGCCGUGGACCCUCAGUUGCAGCAUUUCAUUGAGGUGGAGACUCAGAAACAGCGCUUCCAGCAGCUGGUGCACCAGAUGACCGAACUUUGUUGGGAGAAGUGCAUGGACAAGCCUGGGCCAAAGUUGGACAGUCGGGCUGAGGCCUGUUUUGUGAACUGCGUUGAGCGCUUCAUUGAUACAAGCCAAUUCAUCUUGAACCGACUGGAACAGACCCAGAAAUCCAAGCCAGUCUUCUCAGAAAGCCUUUCUGACUGAUCUCAGCUUUACCUCUUUGGAAGAGGAAGGUAGUUCAAGAAAUGAAGAGCUGUUUAUGAGAUGAUUUAAGAAAUGGCUAUGGGGAGAUUGGCUCCCACCUUCUGUCACUCUUGGGACAUCAUAUCAUCUGAGAAUGAACAAAGACCAAUUUUUGUGUUGGGG